AUGUCUUUCAACGAUUUAGAAAGGGGCGUAGGAUCUAAUAAUAAUAAUCACAAUAGAAGAUAUAAUGGUGGAAUUUCAACAGAAAUUUCAGGUGGUAUGUAUGUGGAACUUGAUAAUAUUCAAGACGAUGAUAUAGGAUAUAGAAACCUUAGCAAAGAUGUUUCUCAACAAAUUUUUAAAAUUACUAAUAAUGUGGCCUCAAUACAAAAACUUGUUGGUUAUUUGGGAACAUCUAAAGAUACUCAAGAUGUAAGGAGUAAAUUACACACAUUAACCGAAGAAACACGGCAUUUUAUCAAAAAAACUAAUGAUAACAUUAAAGCACUUUCACAGUUUGAAGGUGUUACUGGACAAAAUCGUCAACGUAAACUUGAGCAACAAAAAUUAUCAAAGGAUUUUCAGAAAACACUGGCAGAGUUUCAAAAAGUGCAAAGAGUUUCUGCAGAAAAACAACGUGAAUAUGUUGAUAAGGCAAAGUCCCUUAAUAUUCGAAAUGAUGCUUACGAAGAAGAAAAAUCUGGUGCAGCUGAAGAGCAACCUUUGAUAGAUGAUAGUCAUCGAAGACUUCAACUACAAGUUUUAGAUAAUGAGAUUGAAUAUAAUGAAUCUUUAAUAGCAGAACGUGAAGGAGAAAUCAGAGAGGUUGAACAAGGAAUUAACGAAUUAAAUGAAAUAUUUAGAGAUUUAGGGACUUUAGUAACAGAACAGCAGUCAAUGCUGGACAAUAUUGAAAGUAACGUUACAAAUAUUGCUGUAAAUGUUCGAAGUGCAGCUGAUGAAUUGAAUCAAGCAGAUAAAUAUCAGAGAAAAGCAAGAAAUCGCAAAUUUUGUCUUCUAAUUUAUUGCGCAUGA